CAGCAGAUUAACAACAGGGGGAGGAGAGGACAGGAGGAUAUAACAGUCGGAGGUCAUAGCUGCAGCUGCUGAGGACAUGUAAACAUUGAUCUAAUCGAGUCACAAAAUUCUGGAGAAUAACAGAAAGCAUCGAGGCCACAGCUGGAGAUUCAGGGCUCUCCGACGUUUUGUGAUCUUAGCAGGAAAAAGGAGGGGAAGAAACAAUCUGACUGCUUCACCCGCCACCUGAAGUCGUCAGCAGGUUUUUCUGUUGUUCAGAUUUAAGGAGCAAAUUCAAACCAGAACUACAAAAUGACAACUUCAACAAAGCUUCUAGAGGAGAUGUGCCAUCUCAGGGCUCAAUCGCUGGCAGCAAUGGACACAUCAGAGCACUUCAAGGUCCUAAAGGUGCUGGGUGAAGGCUCAUAUGGAAAAGUCAUGCUGGCUGUGCACCGGAAGAGAGGAACUCCGAUGGCUUUAAAGUUCUUUCCUCGUGAAUCCACCUCGCUUUUCUCCUUCCUGAGGGAGUACAAUCUCUCUCUGUCCUUCUGCACCCAUCCAUCCCUGACCAGAGCUCUGGGAAUCGCUUACUCCACACCAUCACAUUACAUCUUUGCUCAGCAAGCCAGUCUGUUUGGGGAUCUCUUUGACAUCAUCACCCCUGAGGUGGGGAUGGAGGAGGAUUGCUGUCAGCGUGUGGUUUCCCAGCUGUGUGGGGCUCUGUCCCACCUCCACUCCCUUGGUUUUGUCCACAGAGAUGUCAAACCUGAGAAUGUCUUCCUGUGUGAUUCCGCAUGUCGAUGGGUCAAACUGGGAGACUUUGGCAUGGUAAAAGCCAGGGGAACCAGAAUCCCAGAAGUCUGGUACAGCUCUCCCUACUGCACCCCAGAGGCUGAGAUUGCCCGAGGAAAUGAUGACAGCUGGAACAGCCCAAACGAUGAAAAUGGUAAUUUUCAGGAGGAUGCGAAGAAAAUAAAGAAACAGAGAGUCUGGACAUCAGUAGAGCCCAGUACAGACAGCUGGGCGCUGGGUAUCCUAACAUACGCCAUGCUUACUGGCAGCCACCCCUGGGCUGAGACAGCCAGUGACUGCUGUUCUUACAUUAAAUAUCGAGACUGGUUUGACAGAGAAAACGGCCCCAACGAUGAACUGGAUGUGUGGGAAGAACCACCAACAGGGAGGACUCAGAGAUCCACUGAUCUGAACGGAAACAGGCAGAAGGACCACUCAUCUGUAGCUCCUCAGUUUGCAUGUUUCACACAGUUAGGCUGCUCCUUCUUCCAGUCGCUUCUUGAUCCCAGACCAGAACUUCGAGGAUGUCCUGAGGAUGCUCUUAGUUACCUUGGAGACAACUGGAUAAUGGAGAAAGACAGGGUGAGACUGGAGAAGGAGAGGAAGAAGAUCAGUGAGAAGAGUGCAAUUAAAUCCAUGAAAGAGAAGGAGGGGAGAGGAGAGCGAUGAGAAAAAAUGACAAAGGAGGUUAAAAGAGACUUUUUUUAAUCAUCUUUCGAAAGGAAAAUAUAGUAUGACACUGUGACUAGUUAGGCAGUACUUGUAAAAUGUAGCACUUUGAAAUACUGUUGUAUCACUGGAUGGAAAUUUUGAAAGCACUAUUAUAUAUAUAUUUAUAUCUAUAGAGAGAGACUAAGACUCUUUUUGACAUUAAUCAUAAAGUAUUUCAAUAGAAUC